GGAUCAUUGUCUGAUUUAAGUCAACAUUUCUUGCUACCAAUGGAGGUUUGAUGUUAUUUGAACCUACAGUUGCGGGGGGAGUAUCAGUUUGAUGACAUCUGGAGGAUCAGAGGUCAAGUUAAGAUUUCUUGCUACCAUAGGAGGUUUGCGCAUGGUCAAACCUUCAGCUAUUGAGGGGGGAUUCGGUUGAUGAGGUAUGAAGCAUGGUAGGUUGAUUGAAGAUCUUGAAGAGAUGAGCCUGAAAAAGGCACAUUUGUGAACCCUAAGGAUACCGGUACUUCCUAAGGACUCCAUUGCUUCACUUAAGAAGUCCACCAAAACAGCAGGAUGGGUGUCCUAAUGUCCAAGAGGCAGACGGUGGAGCAGGUGCAGAAAGUCAGCAUCGCUGUGUCCGCAUUUAAGGACGGAUUGAAGGAGAGGCCUCCCAGCAAGAGAAAGUCUGAAGGCUGCAUCAGAAAAGGCAGCAAGGCUGAUGUGUUGGACCAGGUGCUGGAGGAGGAAAAGGAUGAGAGCGGGUCCAAACCCGGCUCCCCGUGCCAGUCUCAGCCUCGUCAGGAAAACCUCAUAAACCGGGCAGCUUGGGAGAGACUACGAGACGGGCGAGGGGUGGAGCCGGAGGAGUUUAAUAAAAACAGUUGCUUCACUCCACCUGCCUUCAUUAGGCCUAAACGAGCUCUUAACGAUGAUGAACCUCUUGAGAUCAGCUUGGAGCAAAGGGAAGAGAUCACCAACGAUGAAAUGUGCGAAAUCUGUGAGGUGUGGACAGCGGAGAGCCUCUAUCCGUGCCGAAUCUGCUCCAGGGUAUUCCAUGAUGGCUGCCUACGUCGGAUGGGCUAUUUACGUAAUGAUAACACCCUGGAGUUGACGGAAAUGGCGCACACAGAGACCGGCUGGAGCUGUUACUAUUGUGAUAAUCUGAAUCUGCUGCUGACACAAGAGGAGAUGUACAGUUUGAUGGAGAUGUUCAGCCAGUGCAAAGUGAUACCCGAAUGCCCCCUGACGCUGGACGACUUUCUGCAUUAUAAGCACCUAGUGAACCGACAACUGCAGGACAAGUCGCUGAGCGAUGAUCUAGAGGAGCAGGUCACCCUCCAGUUCUCUUCUAUGGAUCCGGAGAAGAAGGGGCAAGUGGAAUGGGGGGAUUUUAUUUCCCAUGAAUCCAUCUGUCUGCUGCAAAAGCUACGCACAGAGAAUUCCCUGCUGCGGCUGCUCACGGCUAAAGAGCGAGAGAGGACUCGGGCCACGUUCCUCUCUCUGGACCAAGACAAUAACAAACUGAUCAACGGCAGCGAAUGUCGGAGGGCGCAGCACGGCUGGUUCCGAAAACAAUCGAAAGAGGCCGUAUCCUGUAAUGUCAGUAUAAGCCAUGUUGGCCCAAUGUCAGAGAGUAGCCCCGCCAGCAGCACCAGUGGAAAAAGCCAAGACAAGACACCACUGACCUCUGACCCAGACGAGGGCAGACAAGUCAGCUGGGACACUUUCCUAAAGGAGAACGCCAUCUUCAUUCUUGCUGCUCGCCCAAAUAGUUCUGCCAUCCACCUGAAGCCAUCAGUAUAAAAUGUAACAGUUCCAUUUGAGGGAUCCCACUUGAUGCCUGAUGCAUGUGGGGAGGAUGAUAUCUGGAGAUAGGAAUGUUCUCUACAUUGGAUGCUUUAGAUGAUCUGGAGAUGACACAACAGCUUGAUGCCCCCUCAAUAAACGUCUUGCCUUCCCAACCCUUUGCUAAAAGACUUUUUUACUGGACAAUGUUUUUAUGAGAUGGGCACCAUCAUGCUGUCCAACUGGAACAUGGACAGUGAGUUUCUGGAGAUAAUGUAGCCAGGUGGUUUCAUGAAUCAGAACUCAUCUGUAAGAUGCCAAAGUGCUGAGAAUGAAGGCAGGAGAGAUGACUGACUACAGAGCAAAGAUAGUGGAAAUAUUUCAUGGACAUUGGUUAUUUUUCUUCUGUGAUGUUCCUUUGUGCUGAUGUUUUAGGGAUUUAUAAACAAAAGUAUGUUCUGGGAUUUUUUGCCUAUAAGUCAAGAGUUUAAGUGACAGAUUGUAAUUGUCUGAGAAUCUGAUUUAUCUCCACCAUGUCACAUUGAUAAGCACAAACCCUCAUUCCAGAUAAAUCAGUGAUACAAUGUACCAUUGUCCCCCCAAUAAAUACUGUCACUAAAGAGAAGCCCCCCAUGCCUCUAGGUUGGACAUCCCCCAACAUCAUUACUAACACUAUCUAGUAGCUAUUGCAGUACAUGGGGUCCAUUAAUUAUAAUAUGCUCGUUUCUACUGCCCCAAAAGCAGUUCUCAUCCAAAGAUGCUGAUGGGAAAGUUCUUCUGAAACUCGCUGGUGGUUUUCUGAUUUCAGACGAGAGAUUUAAGGCUGUAAUGUUUGUUUUAAACUCAAGUAAAUUGCUUAUAAUAAUUAAAAAAGGAUAUGUGUGCUAUAAACAAUG